CAUACACACGGACAGGGAGGGGAAGCUGCUGCUUGCUUCCUUCAUGCCACAUUCCUCUCCUCUUCCCAGAGUUUUCUCUCCAGAAAGGUCCGGCUGCCACUUCACAGCAACCCCGCCUUCAUGCCUUGGCUGCCCGUCCGUCCUGCCAUCCACACUCUUUGGAGCUGCGACGAAAGAGCUUCGUGGGCAAACCAACCAUGAGGGCAGGCGAGGAGAGCUGUAAAGGGAUGCCAGAAUGUCUGGGAAGGGCUAUGCACAUCCAAGUUGCAAUUUCUGAGCAGUUCUGUCCAGGAGACUGUGCCCAGGUUAUGACGACUAAUCCCAAGCCGAACAAAGCAUUAAAGGUUAAGGAGGAGUCAGGAGAGAAUGCCCCAGUGCUGAGCGAUGAUGAACUUGUGUCGAUGUCUGUGCGGGAGCUGAACCAGCAUUUGAGGGGCCUCACAAAAGAGGAGGUUAUCCGCCUGAAGCAGCGGCGGCGCACACUCAAGAACCGGGGCUACGCUGCCAGCUGCCGGAUCAAGCGCGUGACCCAGAAGGAGGAGCUGGAGAGGCAGCGGGUUGAGUUGCAGCAGGAGGUCGAGAAACUCGCACGAGAAAACAGCAGCAUGAAAAUCGAGCUGGAUGCCCUGCGCUCAAAGUACGAGGCACUGCAGACCUUUGCCCGCACGGUUGCUCGGGGCCCGAUCACUUCAGCCAAAGUUGCCACCACGAGCGUCAUCACCAUAGUGAAAUCAGCAGAAAUCUCUUCCAGUUCAGUGCCAUUUUCAGCAGCGUCCUAGUGUCUGGGGUGAGCAAAGUAGCUGCCUUUUGGGAUGGGAGGUUGGGAUGCUGUCCACUGCUGAAGAAUGUACAUCUUCAAGGAUUGGUGUCCUGGAAUCCAACUUUUCCAAAACCACGAAGUGGAAUAUGAAACAGCUGCUCUCCUGUGGACCUAGAAUUCUGUGAACCUUUGUGGUCAAGAUUGGAAUUCCCAAUUUGUUGCUCUCAAGAGAUCUUGCUCAACUCCUUCCUACAUCUUCUUCAGGUCCCUGGUAGCUUCCCAAUGGGAGAAGAUGUCAUAGCGUCCUCUGGAGUAUUGUUGAAUUCAGCUAAAACCACCAAGAAAUGAAUGACCUGGCAGAAUCAAUGGGCAACAUGAACAAACAAGAAUGGCAUCUUCCUCCCUUGGGAAAAUAUAGUAACAAGUUUGACCCAUCACAGGCGCCUUUAUUUCCAUCUCUGGGUGGGCAUGCUUGGCUCUGGAACAGCAUGUGCGAGAGUUCGUCAGAAUGUUGUAGGAUAGGGGUUUUGUCUAUUGAAAUCUGGAAACCCUUCACGGGUUAGUAUCUACCCUGGUUACCAAGUGCUGUGUGUUUUCUUGUGUGGUCUAGCACAAUGGAAGGGGUAUCUCUAGUGCAAAUCCUCCCAUCUGCUGCUUUCCCGUUAUGUGCCUGUGAAGUGGGUGUCUUUUAUGUAGUUUUACUGCUUCCAAAACAAUUCUUGCUCCCAGUAAGAACAAUUUAAUCCCAAUCUCCAUAAUGCUGCAAAGAAGAGGAAAUGAGAAGCUACUAAGGAGAGUAGGAUAUGGUGAUGAUGAGUAGGUUGAGCCAAGACUGAAAUUCAGGAAAGGGGAACCAUUAAGUUUGGGGUCAGUGCGGUAUAAAGGGGUGCUCUGACAUGGCAUACGUUAAGGGCUGAGAAAAAUGUAGACACGAAGGAAGCUGGAAAGUUGUAAGGAUGCCGCAGAAAGAAUGUGAGUUUGACACAUCGGUAGGACUUUGUGAGAUCACUUUAUAGUGCUCUUUAUCUGCAAGAGAUGAUGCACAGUCAAGAGAGGUGUAAGAACAGAAAGUAACUGUCUUCGAGGAAGUGGCCUUGAGAGUUACAGAGGUCAAGGAAAGUUCCCAUGAAGAUACCCCUUAAAAACGAAUGCAUACAAAAACAUCCCAAGAAAUGCUUUCAGUGGUCCAUGCAACAUUUUUCAAGUAGUUGCAAAGUGGGGCACGAGAGGUUGGUUGUGCAUAUGUGACAGAUAGGAGGAACUCGAGUUGGUUAGCUCAGUCAGUGGCAGAGAAAAGGGCAGUCAAAAUGACUGUGUUUUGGGUCGGCCUGGGUUGGGUUGUUAGGAGGAUGUUUAAUGUGGAGAAAGUUAAGUUCUGUGUACUUGACAGAGAAAGGAGAGGGGACUGAUGGUCAAAGUUAAUUUGCCAAUGAAUGCUUCUGUGUUUGGGGGAGGGGCACGGGACUAUCAGUGGAGGGUUGAGUUUAAAUGGAAACAGCCUCCUGCAAGUUAGUUUGUGUUGUGUCUGAAAGACAAAUCAGCUGUUUCUUUGGGAUAUUGUUGAAUCCCAAGGGGUUGGGGGUUCUUUGAGAAUCCCAAAUUAAAGAGGAGCCCUAAAACAGAUGAAAGGAUUCUCCGCCUGGUGUACCUGAUGCUGUGUUGUACCACUUCAGAGCAGAAGUGGGGGACUGAACGUUUGAGUGCUCUUUUCCUGGACUGCUACUUUGGUGCAGGUUUGGUGGUUGUUUUUUUAAGGUGGGGGAGCAUUCAAAUAUUGGAUCCCUUAUUGGUAUACAAGCACACAUGCAUCCAUUUGUCUGUUUUAGUGCUCUGUUUUACAAGCUAUCUGUCCCUUAUGUGUGUGUAAUGCAAACCUGAGUCUUGGACUCGAAUGGGAGAUGUCGCUGUUGAUACCUGACCAGGUGGUGAUCUAGAGCUCCGCUUGUGCUCCCAAGUAAGCACCGUGGAUAAAAGGAACAGUGCAGAGUUCCUCUUGCUCCUUCCCCAUCCCAGUUGGUUGCAUGCUGCUAAGGAGGUCAAUUGGGAACAGUAUAUGGUAGUGAUUCUGCACACGUUGGAUAAUGCACUUCCAAUCCUCUUUAUAGAUCAUUUGGAACAGAUUUUCUUGUGUGCAGAACAAAAAAUCCACUUCAAACGAUUGAUAAAGUGCAUUGAAAGUGCAUUAUCCAACGUGUGCUAGAACUCUGUUUGAUGCUCCAUUGCAACAUCACGGAUGUUGGUAAGUGGAAGCCCAGGAUUUGCUCUAUUACUGGACCGAUGGGGUAGCCCUGCUGAAAGUUGGGUGUGUGUCUAGAAGAGUUCCUUUACCACCAUUAGUAUGUGCAACUUGUCCUAUCAUAGAAAUACUGUCUCAAGCACUUCAGUAAUGUGGGCUACUGCUAACAAACCAUUGUCAACGUCAGAUCAUGUAUGAAUUCUUAGCUAGAAUUGAGCACUUAUGAUAUACUUGAGAAAAAGAAACCCAACCCAACAGUCAUCCAUAUAUGACAGCUUCAUGCCUAACAAUUACUUUGGUGGCAAAAGGCUUGAACAACAUUUUAGGAUUACCUCACUUUCUUUCCAGCCUUUUAAUGUAACCUUUUAGAUGGCAAGUUAAUUUCUUGCAUUCUCCUCCCCUUUCCAUUUCUGACUCCCUUGGCAAAUGCUGAGGAAGAAAAAAAGAUACUAUAUCAAUCUAUGUAUGUAACUACUAUUUCCUCAUUAAUAUAUUUUGGAAAAUCCCCAGAUCUCUGCAAGUUUCCUUCAAGCAGACUGGGGAAGGGGUUAGAUUCCUUGCACUGUUAGGAGCUUUCAAAAACAAAUAGAUAUGGCUGCUGGGGGAUGCUCGAAUGCUUCCAUUUCUUCUCCACCUCUGAGAUCGCUCUGCUCUUGAACAUGAAACCACACCUCCACCUCAGUCCAGGGCUAUCUCAUAGCUUCAACCCUGAAAAAUGAGUGAGGGUGGAGUUAACCCUGGUUUCAUCAAAGAAGGGCUAGAAUAGACGCUUCCGGCUGCAGGUUGAAAGUUGCUAUAUGCAGAGCAGGAGUGGAAUUGCAAUAAGAGCUGCUUUACCCACCCACACCUCUCUCUAAGGGGCCCUUGCCUUGGCAAUGGGCACUUUCUUUCCAGUUGGUACCCAGUUUUCAGUGCUGGAGUUCCAUUGACAUAUGCUCAGCUUUUCUUUUCUCCGCAUUUCAUGGGGUUUCCUUUUGGUGAGAAUAAGAUAGGAAACAGGGCCCGUGACAUAACCAAACAAUAACUUGACUUUAAAUAAAAAUGUUAGGAGACACUUGCAUGACAACUGUGAAUCCACUGAAAUCUUUGUGAGGAUUUUCAUUGCAUUUGCAAAGGUACUGUGGUGAAGCUAUGACUUGAUAGUCGUUGCAAGCUCGGUCCGUUGCUAGAAGCCACCCCUGAAGCUCCCUAGGAGUGUCCCGUGCCUCCUUCCCCAAAGUGAGCCCCGGGCCUUUUUUUUGCACUUCCUUCCCUGUGGCUGCCUUCAGACCAGUCUCCACUGCUGUAUCCCUUAAGUAUACUAAACAUGUCUGAAUGUUCACAUGCAUCUCUCCUAAAGAAAUGCAGAGACUGACGUUGGAAAGGUUAGGGUUGCGCUGCCCCACAACUUGACCAAUCUAGGGGAAAUUUUCUCUUGACUAGGCGGUAAUCUCUAUGGGGCAGUUGUAGUCCAUCUGGGGCAGCUUUUAUGGGGUAAACAGUAAAAAAAAAAUGGAACCUGUACCUUCACAGUUCAUUUAGGAGCAAAAACAAAAAUUAAAAACUGUUGAUACCAUAACCAUGGUAGGUAAUCCAUAUUGGAUAUCAGUUUAAGGACCACAUGAAACUAUUUGAGAGAGAGACAUAUAAAUAAAUAUAUAUAAUAUAUAAUAUAUAUAUAUAUAUAUAUAAUACAUAAUUAUAUAUACGUUUUAUCAUACUGAUCUUUUGUAAGAGAUUCUGUUUUUAAGUUUGACAAUAACAAGUUUUAUUUUUUAAAAAAUCAUACCUGCUCUGAAUGGGACGAGGGGAGGACCCGUUCUUUGAGGGCCACGGGGGAGUUGGGAUGGUGGUUGGAGGAAGGGUCCUGAAAGCUAUUUUUUUCCUCCCCUUGUUCCCGUGUCCUUGGCCUCUUUGCCAGCUGAGGCACCUCUUCCCAAGGGCGCAAGGUCACCAUCAAAGCUUAUCUGAUCCCACAGACUUGAAGAAUGGGGCCUUCUGAAGAGCAGGUUGCAUUACGAGUCAUGGAAGGAGCCGUCCGAGGAGUCCUUUUCCUCCAUAAGCCUUCCUUCUGUGCAACAGUGCCAGUUCCUUUAAGGAUGCUUCCCAUUUUACACAAAAGUUCUUGCAUGUAGCAAGUAAAAUGCCGCCACCCCCCCCCCCCCGGGCCAUCAUGGCUAUGGCUGCGUGGUAGGGUUUUGGGGGUGCAUGUUUCCACAAAAGAAGAAGAAAGUGCAAGUGAAACGUGAUUGGCACACUGCAGAUUGUGUUGGCUGAUUUUUGACCGGCUCUUGAAAUGUACCUUCUUGCAUUCAGCUUGUCAUCUUAAUUGCAGUGUAUUCUACCUACCUUCGGGUUCAUUCCUCCACCUUCAGUAUUGGGGUUUGGAGGUGGGGAGGGGAUGUUUUCAAGACACAGUACAGCUGUAUCCCAGCUCCUCUUCAUUUUAACGGGAUUUCCAACAGACUCCCCUGGAGUGUUGUGGAUAAUGGGUCUGACCAUUCCAUUCAGCUCUGGAAAGUCCCAAAUCCAGUACACAAGUUGGCCACAACACCUUAUUGCAAGACCACUGUUUCAGGUUGUUAAGGGCUGAAUCCAGGCUAGAUUUUCAUCAUUAGGACAGAAUGUUACCGCUUCCUCCCUCCCACAGUGACCCACUGAUCUCUGGGAAACAUUGCUCCUGUGGAUACGGAGCUCUGAGGAAUGACAUGGGAGGGGAGGGGUCAAGCCGUGUAAAUUGCUCGUGCAGUUUGGCUCUAACCUUAAUGAUCCAGCAUUGUCUCCCAUUUCCUCUGCUGCCCUUCCCGGCUCUGGAAGGUGGUACUGGCCAUUCAGAAGGCUGUGCACACAUUCCCAUGCAUUGAAUGUUAUGGCCAUAUUGGUCAUGCCAUGCCUUUGGGGGUUGUGGUGCUGACUUCUCCCCCCCCCCCCCACUGGACUUUCCACCUUAUACUGAGAUUGUUUGAAAAAGGCCGGUACUACAUUUGGGUGGGAAGUGGAGGCCGCAGGCUGCCAGUUGGACCUGUCCAGUCUGUGCGGUGGCUGAGGCAAGACCACCUGCCCCUCAGCAGACAAAGCUUAAGAACAGGUUUGUUUCACACUUUACUCAAGGUAAGAUGGUAGCUUUUAGGUUGUGCCAUUUUCAGACAGCAAGGGGUGUCAUUUUGAUUUUUUUGAUUUUUUUAAAACUCACUGUAUUGUUUGUACACCAGAAGGCCUUGCUUAACUUUUCUCCCUCGUGUUUUGUUUUAGUAGAUGUUUUUAAGGAGAGGGGGUUUUUGUGGGGGGGGGGGGGGAAUUGUCACCACACUCAGAAGCGGUACCAUCUCGAUCCACUUAAUGCUCGGUAUAACUCUUAGAUUUUGCCAGGCCCAGGUGUUUGAGCAUUUAGGCUUGCAAUUAAAGAGGGGAGUGUGAGAGAGAGAAUAGCAAUGACACUGGAAAACAAAUAGCCAGAGACAACUGUGGUUGGGCUUGUUACUGGAAGAAGACGAAGGGAUUUAGGCUACUGAUGCACUCAAAGCCUAAAGGGGUAAUGAAUAUCCCCCCCCCCAAUCAUUUAUACUAAGUUUUCCUCUUUUUAAAAAGCUAAAAACAUUAUUUCUGUAAUAUUCCCCCCCACCCAGUUCAGUUUGUUGGAAUGCAUUUCCACUGAUGGCAAAUCUGACAGGUAUCCUCCCUGCAUCCUCCAAACCAAUGACACAAGUCUGUUUGUCAUUUUUUUAAAAAUAACCCUGUUCAUUCUGUCUUCUGUGGUUCACUCAAUAAUUUCAUUGUAAUAUUUAUUUUUGUGCUGCUUUUUUAUUAUGAAAUAAAUUAUUGAUAUAUCAAGUAACGUGGGGUGCCUGUUUUGUAAGGGGUAUACACUUGGUGUGUGUGCGUGUGUGUGUGUGCGCGCGUGCGUGCGUGUGUCCCACCUACUUUGCUCUUUUGACAAAAACCACAAUGUUAAUUUAUUGCUGUAAAUGGUAUGCUGCAAUGCCUUUUAUUUUGUACCUUUCCA